AUGCGGCCCCCCCCCACGCUGCGGCCGCCGCGGCCCGGAGGCUCCGGGUGCGACCGGGCGGGGUUCCGGCCGCCGCCCUCCGCCUCCUCCGCCCGCGCGGCGGCGCCCCCGCCCCCCAAGCCCGCGCGCGGGGAGGCCGAGGCGCCCGCCGAGCCCCCGGGCCGGGGCGCGGGGCGGGGCGCGUUCGGCGGCCCCGGGGCGGCCCCCCGGGAGCAGCAGCAGCUGAGGCGCAGGAUCAACAGCCGCGAGCGGAGGCGCAUGCGGGACCUGAACGCGGCCAUGGACGCGCUGCGCGAGGUGCUGCUGCCCCCCGCGGCGGCCCGCCCGGCCCGCAGGCUCUCCAAGGCGGCCACGCUGCUGCUGGCGCGGGACCGCAUCCUGCUGCUGGGCCGCGCGCUGCGGGGGCUGCGCCUGCUGCUGGCCGGCCCGGGGCCCCUGCUGCCCGCGCCCCCCGGGGGGCCCCCCGCCGCCCCGGGGCCCCUGCUGCCCGCGCCCCCCGCCGCCCCGGGGCCCCUGCUGCCCGCGCCCCCCGCCGCCCCGGGGGCCCCCGCCGCGUGCCCGGCGCUGGCGCUGGAGGGGCCUCCGUGCGGCCCCUGCGCGCUCCCGGGCGGGGCGGGGGGCCCGGGCCUCUGCCCCUGCGCCGCCUGCAGGCUCCUGGCCCUGGUGCCCGCCGGCCUGGGCCUGGCCGCCCUGCCCGCGCCGUUCUCCACGUGA